AUUUCAGGUCAACUUUCUCAUAAAAAGAAGAUUGUAAUCGCAGGAAAUCAUGUGUUGUCUUUUUACGAAAGUCUUUUUACCGAAGCUAACUAUUUUGGAGAGACUAUUUGUGUAGUAAAUCAUUAUCUCCAAUCCAAAGUUUUAAAUUGUGUUAGGGAAACAGUAACUAACGCUUUUUAUUUACAAGAUUCUAUGGUUAAUGUUUGUGGAAUAAAUAUCUAUGGAUCUCCUUGCAAUGUAAAUGAUAACAGUUGGGCGUUCAAAGUUAAUCGUGGAGAAGAAAUACUGCAGAAGUGGAAUAAGAUACCGGAAAAUGUUGAUAUUCUGAUUACACAUAGACCUGCCUAUUUGGCACAAUUUUCUCAUAGAAGUUUAUCUCACUUCUCGUUUAUUAAAAGACGGAUUACUUGA